AUGUAUACCAUGGAUUACCUCUUGAAGUUGGCUCAGCUCUCCUGCCUGCUCUGGAUCGUAUCAGGAAACGAGCUGCAAGUGUAUUGGGCCGUGCACCCAGGCGAACGCUACGAGAACGUGUCUCGGCUGCUGAUGACAUCCUACUUCGGGGAAUGCAGCUCGCGAUGCGCGAAGGAAAGACCGUCCGAUCAGUGCCUCGCCUUCAACUUCAGGGAGUCGGAUGGCGCUUGCGAGUUGUUGCACGGGGGGAGCAGCCGGCUCAUCCCUGCGAACGGGUUCCAGGCGUACGCUCAAUUCCUGUGCGUGACGGACUACCCGACGAUCAAGAACGCGAAACCGACCUUCGAAGGUUGGAAGGGCGAGUACCCAGCCCCACAAGGGGCGAGUGUCCGCUUCGCCUGCGACACGGGAUUCACCGAUGGAUCCAAGGAGCACAGGGCCUCGUGCUCCUGCAGCGAGCCGGAUCUCUGGUGCACGACGUUCGUGAACUCUGCGACUGAUCUCUGCACACCUUAAGGAGCAUUGGAGCGAGACGGGGGGAAGGAGCUGCGGCAGGAGGAACGGCUCCAUUUUUUUAAAUUGAUUUUUCUCAGUGUGAAAUUUGUUUCCCCCAGCGUUGAGGGUUUCUCUGGAGUUUGUGCGUACAUUCAAACAAUCGUGUUCUCUGAAUCCGGACGUAGUUGAGCCAUUCCCACGGCCUUUAGAGCUGCCUCAUGGACUCCUCGUGCGCCUUUCGUUUCAGUCGCCAUGUAGGAGAUACUUUUAUAAAGAUGAUGAAAUCACCGUAAAUGAUAAUGCGCAUGUCCGGCAUAACGGAAUAAAAGGGUCGCGAAUAAAAGGAAUAAAAGCGGGGGUCGGGUCGAGUCGAGUCGGGUAUGUCGAGUGAGUGAGUCGGACAAGGGAGUCGAAUUGUAGGAUAGUGAGGAGAAACCUGAGAGAAGACGCGGGAUAUUGAGUGGACCCUUGACGUCAGUGCUGGAGA